GCUGAAAAGAAGAUAAUUUAAUAACCCAUAUCUACACUAACUUAAUUACGAAGUUCAAAUUCACGCUGAAACCAUGAAUAUUAUUCUGUUCUUCGCAAGUUUACUGUCUGUUUCUUUAGCGGCUAUUGUUCAGCUGAGUCCAGAAGAUGAAGAAGUGGCAAGAGCAGCUUUGCAAAAUCCUGACUUGUUCGAAGGUGACAUAGCUGGUAUUGAUGGACGCUUCGACUCUGAGCGAAGUGCUAUCGUUGGAUCUCAUUUCAGAUGGCCAAAUGCAACUGUACCAUAUGUAAUUGAUUCAUCGUUAGGUAACAAACUUAAAGUUAUUCAGGAAGGAAUUGAUGAUUAUCACAAACACACUUGCGUGAAGUUCGUUUACAGAACAAAUGAGCAUGACUACGUCAGGAUGUUUUUUGGAAAUGGGUGCUAUUCUCAAGUUGGUACAAUUGGUGGUUCACAAGAUUUAUCUCUUGGUCAAGGAUGCCACUAUGCGGGCACAGUUGUUCAUGAGUUGGGACACGCCCUUGGAUUCUACCACGAGCAGAGCAGAUCAGACAGAGAUUCAUAUUUGAACAUCUAUCUCGAAAACGCAUUCGCGAGUGCGCAAUUUAACUUUUUCAAGCUUGAUCCAUACCAAAACAUUUUGUACAAUGAAUUCGACUAUGAUUCCAUUAUGAUCUACGGAAACACAGCAUUCUCUAAGAACGGACAAAACACCAUGGAGGCUAUGAACGGACAGCGAUUGUUAGACCCCUAUAACAAGAGAGGAAUGACCAAAAGUGAUAUCGAUAGAAUCAAUGCAAUGUACAAUUGUUAAAAAUUCUUACAACUGUACAAGAAAUGUUAACUAACAAAAUAAAAAUAUAUAUUUUUAUUA